AUGCACUGGGGUGUUGGUCUAGUCUCCUCCAGGUCUUGUGUGGUUGAUCUGAGCCGCAACCAGAGCUUCUCCCUGUGCUGGUGUAUAGGCUCAGAGGACAACUACUCCUUUUAUGGGGACAUCGUCGCUUUCCCAUUGCAGGAUUACGGUGGCGUUAUGUCAGGGCUUGGAUCUGACUCCUGGUGGAAGAAAACCCUCUACCUAACUGGAGGAGCCCUGCUGGCUGCUGCUGCUUACCUCCUCCAUGAGCUGCUGGCAAUCAGAAAAGAGCAAGAAGUUGACUCCAAAGAUGCAAUCAUAUUACACCAGUUCUCUCGGCCAAACAACGGUGUACCUAGCUUAUCUCCGUUCUGCCUGAAGAUGGAAACUUACCUUAGAAUGGCUGACUUACCAUAUCAGAAUUACUUUGAUGGGAAGCUGUCACCUCAGGGGAAAAUGCCUUGGAUAGAAUACAACCAUACAAGAGUUUCUGGCACUGAGUUUAUUAUUGACUUUUUAGAGGAAAAACUUGGAAUCAACUUGAACAAAAACCUCAAUCCACAUGAAAGGGCUGUUUCCAGAGCAGUCACUAAAAUGGUUGAGGAGCAUUUCUACUGGACCUUAGCCUAUUGCCAAUGGGUGGACAAUCUACAUGAGACUCAGAAAAUGAUCUCCAUUCCUGGACCACUUAGUGACUUGUUGAAGUGGAUUUUGUGCCAUCUGACAAAGGGCAUUGUAAAACGUGAAAUGUAUGGACAGGGUAUUGGACGCUUCUCAGAAGAAGAGAUUUAUAGGUUAAUGGAGAAAGACAUGAGAUCGCUAGCUGGACUUUUAGGUGAUAAAAAGUACCUUAUGGGACCAAAGUUUUCAACCUUAGAUGCUACUGUUUUUGGACAUUUGGCUCAGGCAAUGUGGACCUUGCCAGGAACAAGACCAGAGAGGCUGAUCAAAGGGGAACUUAUCAAUCUUGCCAUGUACUGUGAAAGAAUAAGAAGGAAAUUCUGGCCAGAGUGGCACGAUGACAAUGACAACUCACUAUAUGAAACCGAUGACAGCGGUGAAGACAGCAAGACACAUACUCCCCUGCAAGACUUCAGCUUUUAUUCAAGGACAGGGACUUUUGAUGACGAAGGGACAGAAAACAGCAUUUCUCAAACGCCAGAUACUGAUUUUACAGGACAUUCCUUGUUUGACUCAGACUUGGAAAUGGAUGAAUUUACAGAUCAUGAGCAGUGCAAGUGA